AUGACUAAUGCAACCACCUCUGCUGCAACAACUGCUUCUUCAACUGCAGCUGUGACCACCACCACUCUGGCAGAUGUCACCAUGACCCAUCCGGCAAUGGCCAAAACCACCACCACCUCUGUUCCGGCAGCAACCACCACCACCGCUGUUCCGGCAGCAACCACCACCACGCUGUUCCGGCAGCAACCACCACCACCGCUGUUCCGUCAGCAACCACCACCACCGCUGUUCCGUCAGCAACCACCACCACGCUGUUCCGGCAGCAACCACCACCACCGCUGUUCCGUCAGCAACCACCACCACGCUGUUCCGGCAGCAACCACCACCACGCUGUUCCGGCAGCAACCACCACCACCGCUGUUCCGGCAGCAACCACCACCACGCUGUUCCGGCAGCUACCACCACCACGCUGUUCCGGCAGCAACCACCACCACGCUGUUCCGGCAGCAACCACCACCUCCGCUGUUCCGUCAGCAACCACCACCACGCUGUUCCGGCAGCAACCACCACCACCACCUCUGUUCCGGCAGCAACCACCACCACCGCUGCUCCGGCAGCAACCACCACCACGCUGUUCCGGCAGCAACCACCACCACCGCUGUUCCGGCAGCAACCACCACCACGCUGUUCCGGCAGCAACCACAACCACGCUGUUCCGGCAGCAACCACCACCACCGCUGUUCCGGCAGCAACCACCACCACACUGUUCUGGCAGCAACCACCACCACCACCUCUGUUCCGGCAGCAACCACCACCACCGCUGUUCCGGCAGCAACCACCACCACGCUGUUCCGGCAGCAACCACCACCUCCGCUGUUCUGGCAGCAACCACCACCACCACCUCUGUUCCGGCAGCAACCACCACCACCGCUGUUCCGGAAGCAACCACCACCACCUCUGUUCCGGCUCAGCCACCACCACUGCUGUCCCACCAACUGA